UCUGUGGCACGCAAGCAAACAAGAUCUUUGACUCCCAUGAAUGGGAGCACCUCCUCGUCUUUGAGCCGGUUUAAACUCCCCGGAUGCCAUUGCCGGAAUCCCACGGGACCUCCUGGAGUAACAGGACUCCGAGAAGAAAGCAGGGAGAUGGCCCUCCUGAAAGCCACAGAUCCACAGGGAGGCCGAAAGCGACGUGAAGACGUCAUCGAUCUCUCGAUGGCCGACCCGCACAACACGGGGCUGAGACCUUUGACCUUUGUCCGGCAGCCGGGAGUACCAGGAGCCGCUGGAAGAGUCCCUGCCGUCCAGACGUCAUCUCAGCGGUUCACGCUGCCUCAUCCUGCUGUUCUUGCAGCGUGCAUUUAUCCUCCGCUAACUAACAGUGACAAACUGCCAGCGGAUGUCAGACAGAGGGCUCAGAGGCUGCUGGGAGCAUGUGCCGGAGGGAGUGUAGGUUCAUAUACCCCCACAGGUGGUAUGGCAUAUAUUCAGCAAAGUCUUUGUACAUUCAUAUCGCAACGGGAUGGAGGUGUUCCAGCUUUGCCCGGCAACAUUUUCAUCACCUGUGGCUCCCAGACUUCCAUUAUGCAAAUUUUUAACCUGCUGGUCAACGGCGAAGGCUCCCCCAAAACAGGGGUGCUAACUCCAGUGCCGAGCCACCAUUUUGCCAACAGCAUCCUGGAGGGGUUAGGAGCGACCGUCGUGCCAUAUUAUCUGAACGAGGAGCAAGGUUGGGAACUGCAACGAGCUGAACUACGCAGAGCUCUGCAGUCUGCAAGGGGCAUCUGUAACCCUGCUGCUCUGUAUGUCGUAAACCCCGGAAAUCCAACCGGUCAUGUUCAGAGCAGAAAAUCCAUCCAGGAUGUUAUUCAGUUUGUUUCCGAGGAGAAACUCUUCCUCUUGGCAGACGAGGUCUAUCAAGAAACCGUACUGGGGGAAGAGAGCGAGUUUGUCUCCUAUAAGAGGGUUCUAGCUGAAAUGGGGCCUCCUCAUUCAGAUACGGUGGAGCUGGCUUCCUUCCACUCAGUGUCCAAAGGCUUGAUGGGAGAGUGCGGUCUGCGUGGUGGAUACGUGGAGCUGGUCAACUUGGACCCCGCUGUCAUGAAACACGUCAACACUCAGUUCUCCACACUAGCCGGCUCAGCUGCGACUGGUCAGAUAGCCCUGGACCUGAUGGCGAACCCCCCACAACCAGGGGAUCCUUCAUACCGCACGUACGAAGAGGAGACGCAAUACAUCAAGGCCACGCUGGUCCAAAACGUGAAGCGGGUGACUGAGGUUCUGAACGACCUGCCAGGUUUAAGCUGCCAACCAGUGAAAGGAGGGGCCGUUGUGUUCCCCAGACUACACCUCCCGCCCGGAGCCAUUCAGAGAGCCGAGGUGGCAGAGGAGGGGAUGCCUCCAGACUGCUUCUACUCUCGGAGGUUGUUUGAGGAGGCUGGUCUGUGUGUCAGUCCUGGCUGUGAGCAUGGUCAAAGGGAGGGUACCCAUCAUGUAAGGUUUUGUGUAACAACCACGCCGGACACUAUGGAGGAGGCACUGAGGCGCCUGGCUGGCUUCCACACACAGUUUAUGAAGGAUUUCUCUUGAACGCAUUAAACAACUAUUAUUCUGGCCAUCUAUACAAGCAGAGUAAUCAAAUUCAAAUGGUAGAGUAUUUUGGAUAUUUAUUAAAAUACCUGACCACCUUUUAUUCACUCAUCACGUUGUACAGUAUUUUGUCUGUCUCUUUAUACUCAUUAACAGAGUAAAGUUAAAACUUCUAGUUUUCCAAAAACAUUCUAUAAUCCAUUCAAACAGCUUUUCCAACUCCACUCGGAAGUUCUCGGAUCAUGUGCCAUUAAUAUUUAAUAUUUACAGUGGCAGAAAAAAGUUAACCUUGGAUCGGUCUUUGCAAGACAGACGACCAUUAAGCACAAGAUGUAUUUAAACAUUUAACAGUUUUGUCAAAAUACAACCGUCCACAGUUUCAGUAUUAUUCUCAUCUUCGACUCUGCAGACAAAUUGCUUUGAAAAGCUCAGUGUCAGUAUUUGGUGAUAGGUAAGUUAUAAAUAAAAUAACACAACUAUCAUACACUUCAUUAGCCAGUGAGCUCGAUGUAUACACAACACGAGGUACACAGA